CGGAGGGCCUGGUUGACAUCCCGAUCAUACAGGAUGUCAAAUGCGCACGCGUCUGUGGCCUCCACACGACUUUCCAGAAUCUACCUUUCUCGUUGGGAUUCUCUCUGGUCGACUUUCGGGUAAAUUGAUUCGGAAGAGGAGUAGAUGGAUUUUUUUUUUAAGGGGAUGGAAGAGGAGGCAUCUGAAUGCCCCUUUGAUGCGAAGGACAUUCAGAGAUGUCCAUUUUUGAGGAACAUCAACAAACCCACUUGCUUUUCCUUCUCUUCAGCGAGUUUCCCCAUUCCUGUACGGGAAGCCAGAGGCCCAAUAUUUGAAGACGGUCCCAAUUUUGACAUGGCGUUUAGCCUCUUUCAUGGGAAGGAUGGGGUCGUUCCACUAUCAGGGAGAUCUAAUGUUCAUAGUAACAUUCCAGAACCUGAGCCUUCACCUCAGUUCAACCCUUUAGCAGCAAAAGCAGCCACCAUAAGUUUGUCAGCAUUUGGACUGGGAGGGCCAUUUGGCUUUGGUAACUUCUCUGAGAAGUGGAAGAAGCAGAAGAAGUCUGAGCCGUCCAGCAAGAGGGAACUCUCUUCUGAGAAAGGAAAUUCAUCAAAACACGAGGCACUGGGAAAUGAUUGGUUAAAGACAGGAAACUGCCCAAUUGCCAAGACCUACAGAGCAGUGAGCCAUGUCCUCCCUCUUGUGGCAACAGCUCUUCAGCCACCACCUGGUAUGAAGUUUAGAUGCCCUCCAGCAGUAGUUGCUGCAAGGGCAGCCCUGGCCAGGACUGCCCUUGUUAAAAACUUACGCCCUCAGCCUCUACCUGAAAAAAUGCUCGUAAUAGCAGCCUUAGGCAUGGCGGUUAACGUGCCCUUGGGCGUAUGGAGGGAGCAUACUCAGAAGUUUUCCCUAUCAUGGUUUACAGCGGUGCAUGCGGCUGUGCCCUUCAUAGCCAUGCUUAGGAAGUCAGUCUUGAUGCCGAAAACAGCUAUGGCAUUGACUAUUGCUGCUUCUAUCCUGGGGCAGGUUAUUGGCUCACGAGCUGAGCGGCUCCGACUGAAAGGAGUGGCUGAGAGGGGAAGGACAGCAGAUCAAAUAGCAACUGCAAGUAACAUUCUAGGUUUUGAGUCUUUUGACCCAAGCCAGGUCGAUGGCAUCAGAGGUGGUCAUUGUGGUGCAGAAGGAAUAAAGUUCAACCCACUUCCUAUCAGAAGUGAUGGGCCUAGUUCUUCGUCAGCGAAUAUAUGUUUCUGAUGUACCCUUAAGUAAUACAUGCAUGCUAUUUGACAGUUAUUUGAUGUGCUUAAUUAUGUGAUAUGAUGAAUGGUAAUUCAGUUGUAUGAUCAUACAAAUAUCUAUGCAAAGAAGCAGUUUGACUUGCCAGAAAUAAAUAUAUGAGAUGUUUAUGAAUUC